AGAAGAGACCAUUCCAAGAACUCUCGCUGGCACAGGGUUAUUUUCUUUGCAGCUCAGGAAGCUAUGCACCUAAAACCACAGGUACCUUCAUCUCAGCUUCUGUUUUCUAAGGGCACAAAGGAAACCCAGGCUCAUUUCCUCCUCCAGGAGAAAGGAAGCUGGGAGGGGAGGUAGGACCCACUCAUCCCGCCCAUUGCAGAGGGCACUACAAAUGCCUCUGUGAGACCUGCUGCUCCACAGCUUUGUGCUCCAGUGGGCAUCCCUGCAUGAACGCCAUGGCAGCCCAGUGCCUUCUACUACUUGCUUGUGUGCUGGUCUUGGCUGCCCCAGGCCACUCCAUGCAUAUACAAACCCUAAACAUCUUCAAGAAAUCUCCCUCCAAUGCUUCGGCGAGUGCUCUGAAGAAAACCAGUUGGCCCAAGGACUGCAGCGAGAUCCCCACUGGCAGCCCCAGUGGCGUGUACGUCAUCCAGCCCACAGGACUGCACCCCAUCGUGGUGUACUGCGAAAUGAAUGCAACGUCCGGGGGCUGGACGGUCCUCCAGAGGAACCGGCACAGCACGGAGAUCACCUGGGCCGAGUCCUGGAGCACCUACAAGUACGGCUUUGGGAACGUGCAGACUGAGUACUGGCUGGGCACCGAGUACAUCCAUCAGAUCGCCAAGCAGAAGGUCUACCAGGUCAGGUUUGUCAUCUGGGAUGCCUCAAACACCACCAAGUUUGCCGACUACAACCUAUUCAGUGUGGAAGAUGAGUCCCAUGGCUACCGGCUGAGGCUGGGAACGUACUCAGGGACGGCAGGGGAUGCCAUGGACUCAGACAAUCCCAGGAAAGUACACAACAACAUGAAGUUCUCCACAAAAGAUCGUGAUCAGGACACUUCCAGCGGGAACUGUGCCUCCCGCUCUGGGGGUGGAUGGUGGUACUCGGCAUGUUAUUCUGUACAGUUGAACAUCAAGUGGGGCAUAACAUGGGGCAGCCUGUGCAGUGGGAACUGCAAAGCUUCUGCCAUCCUCAUCAAACCAGCUCCAUACCAUUAGUACUCUUUCCUGCUCCUGUCUGCACUGGGCACAUGGCCAGACCAGUACCCUUCUGGGGCCUGUUUUUCUGCCUGGGGGGCUGGGGGUGAAUAGGAUUGUUCCUGUAUAUCAAGAGCUGUUUCCCUUUCCUUUUCUCUUGAAAAGUAGCAAAGCUCCCUGCUUUGUCUCUGAUCUUUCACUUGUAGUGGGAUUUUAGGGAUCAUUAUUAGAAAAAGUCUUUAUAAAUGCUGCAGUUUCCAAGCAUGUUCCUUCUGGGGAGAAAACUGUGCUCAGAAACCUAAAACCUUCCUCAUCCAGCAAGGUCUUAUUCUCUUUUUGCUUUACAGGUAUAGAUGACUUCAGCAGAAUAAUAUCAGUCAUCACUAGCUAACCUGAUCUAAACUGCUCUAAGCCCAGGCAGGUCAUGUAUGCACCAUAACCCUGCUGUCGUCUGUGUUCAUCCUGUAGAAUA